GGAAGGUACAGUUCUCAUCACCGGAGCCAACGAGUCCUUGGCCCUAAAGUGCGUGGACCAGCUUCUCUCAUCCUAUCCAGCAUUUACCCUCAUCGGUACCGCCCGAAACACCUCUGACCAAGGUCCCCACGCCGCAAAGCUAAACGGGAUCAUAUCCAAAUAUCCUGAUCGGAAAGGGCAUAUCGAGAAACUCGACUUGAACUCCGCGAACGAUGUUUGACAAUUUACAACCCAUAUAUCCCAUCAAGUCCGCAAUGUGACCCUCUCCCAAUGUCUCCACCAUCGUUUGCAAUGCCUUCCGUCGGUCCCUUAGCAGCGGAGGAAGAUUCUCGACCAACUGCUUCGAGUCCGACUCCCAAGUUACUUAUCUUUCACAUUGCUUAUUAGUCCCAGGACUGCUCGGUAGAUGGAUGAACGAAGAGGCCUCAUCGACAUGCUAGGCUCCAAUGCACAUUGUCCGGAUCUACCGAAUGCACUAUCCAAUCUGACGGCUUCUUUCCCGGAUGAUAUUGAGACAUUGGUUCAUCCUUCUUCGCAUCCGGUCGAGCAUGAUCAUGAUAAAGGGUGGCAGCGAUACGGCACGGCGUAAUUGGUUACGGCGAUGUUCGUUAAUGGCCUGAACCGUGAGUUACAAA